UCCGCGCUCCACCGGACCGUGAGAGAGCGGCGGGGCUCUCCGCCAGCGCCGCUGCCAGGGCCGGUCAGCCGCCGCCGAGGUCUGGGGGAGCAGCCGGCGCUGCCGCUGGCCAUGGUGGCUCGCCUGCCGCCGGGAGGGCAGGAGCAGGCGCGGCGGCGGCGGCCGCCAUUGCGCGCGGGGGCCGCGGGACUAUGAAGGAUGGAAGCGGACGAGGUGACGAUCCGCGAGCAGAACUUCCACAGCCAAGUGCGGGAGUACACGGACAUAGGUGUGCUUCUGAAUGUUCUCCUGUGCACUCUGUUAUGUGUUCAACACCUCAACCUUCAAGUGCAGCCUUGUUGGUGUAAGAUCUGUUUUCUCCUAUUUGCUGUUCUCUACAUAGUUUCUUACUUCAUAAUCACAAGAUACAAAAGGAAGGCAGAUGAGCAAGAGGAUGAAGAUGCCAUCGUUAACAGAAUAUCGCUGUUCUUGAGCACCUUCACUCUAGCAGUUUCAGCUGGUGCAGUCCUGCUUCUACCUUUCUCAAUAAUCAGCAAUGAGAUCCUGCUUUCUUUUCCACAAAACUACUAUAUUCAGUGGUUAAAUGGCUCACUAAUUCAUGGCUUGUGGAAUCUUGCCUCUCUUUUUUCAAAUUUAUGCUUGUUUGUGUUGAUGCCCUUUGCCUUUUUCUUCUUGGAAUCAGAAGGAUUUGCUGGCUUAAAAAAGGGCAUCAGAGCACGCAUUUUGGAAACCCUUGUAAUGCUUAUUCUUCUUGCACUGCUUAUCCUUGGAAUCGUAUGGGUGGCUUCAGCACUCAUAGACAAUGAUGCUGCCAGUAUGGAGUCUUUGUAUGAUCUCUGGGAAUUCUACCUCCCGUAUUUAUAUUCCUGUAUAUCACUGAUGGGAUGCUUGUUACUUCUGUUAUGCACCCCAGUGGGACUUUCACGGAUGUUUACAGUAAUGGGUCAGUUGCUGGUGAAGCCAACAAUCCUUGAAGACCUAGAUGAGCAGAUGUACAUCAUCACUUUGGAGGAAGAAGCAAUUCAGAGGAGGCUUAAUGGUAUAUCUUCCACGGUGGAAUACCAGACAGCAGAGUUGGAACGGGAACUUGAAAAAGUGAAAAGCAGGAAAACAAAUCUAGAACGGAGGAAAAAAGCUUCUGCUUGGGAAAGGAAUUUAGUCUACCCAGCUGUUAUGAUACUGCUACUGAUUGAGACGUCCAUCUCAGUCCUCUUAGUUGCUCUCAACAUUCUUUACCUGUUGGUUGAUGAGACUGCAAUGCCAAAGGGAUCAGGGGGGCCUGGAAUAGGAAAUGCCUCCCUAUCCACCUUUGGUUUUGUGGGAGCAGCACUUGAAAUAAUUUUGAUUUUCUAUCUUAUGGUGUCCUCUGUCGUCGGCUUCUACAGUCUUCGUUUUUUUGAGAAUUUCACUCCCAGGAAGGAUGACACAACUAUGACAAAGAUCAUUGGAAACUGUGUCUCAAUCUUGGUGCUGAGCUCUGCUUUGCCAGUGAUGUCAAGGACACUGGGAAUCACCAGAUUUGAUCUGCUUGGAGACUUUGGAAGGUUUAACUGGCUGGGAAACUUCUAUAUUGUAUUAUCUUACAACUUGCUCUUUGCUAUCAUGACAACAUUAUGUCUGGUCAGAAAGUUCACUUCUGCUGUGCGAGAAGAGCUCCUGAAGGCAUUAGGAUUAGAUAAACUUCAUCUAUCAAACAAUCCAAGAGACUCGGAGACAAAGCCGUCUGCAAAUGGGCAUCAGAAAACACUGUGAUUAACAAUCACCUGCAAUCAACAAAGCUGAAAACAUCAACCUCAUGACAUUCCUGUCAUCUCAUCAACAUUUUUAUAUUGAUUUUAUUUGUUGAUAAUUUGGGUCCAACCUAGUCUCAUUUUUUUGUUGCUGUGUGCUUCUGAGGAAGUUAGGUAUAUCAGCUUCUUCUCUUUCCAGUGAACUUUUGGUCUGCUUGUUUAUUUCCUGGUAAGUUAGUGCAGGAGGUGCCUUGAAGACUGGAAGCUGAAGAGAAUAAUUCAUUCCUUUUUAUUUGCUGAAAGUCUCACAUCUUUAGAUACAAACCUGCUACCAUUUGAAUGCACAGUACCUCCUGUGUUACGCAGACACAGCUAUAGAGAAUAACUUUGGGACUUGGUUAAAAAAAAAAAAAAGCAAAAAGGGUACCACUUGGAGCCCACUAUGACCCUUACUGGAAAUGUAAACUACCUGGAGUAGGUAUCCUUGACAGUAGAUAAACAGUUCCACUAAGAACAUGUUAAAAAUGGCAGUAACGUGUAAAGAUCACAGUCCUUUCAUGCUGGAUACAGCAGGCUGUUCACAGCCAAAUGUCACGGAGCUUUCUUGGAAGGUCAGCGUUUUCAGCUUUCUGUUCUUAGCUAGAAACGCCAGGUUGCUUUACUGGUAGCCAGACAAUGUCUUAUUGAAGUACAAGAUGAAGAUUAACUUCAAUGUUAAAUCUGAGCCUAGUAUGCUUUGUAAAAAGCUGUGUAGACCCCCUGUCACAGCUCUUACAGUUCUGUAAGCUAUCGUGCCAGGGAGGUCACUUACCCUACCAAGUACAUCCCUGUAAAAUUCUUUAUGAACUACUGUGUAUAAGCAGUACUUGUAAUCAAUGCAAGUAGCGCAGGCCUGGGAGGCUGCAGUUGCAGUUUUUUACAGUUGUCUUUCAUUUGUAGUAAAUUAUUUAUCUGAAUUUAUACUAUAGUUAACCAGGAUUUCUGUUCAGUGGUGUAAUCCAGUAUCUUUCAGUAGCCUGUUUUUUUUAAUGUACACAUGAACGUGUAUAUAGGACUAUAUGUGUAGAUAUAAAUUAAAUUCUAAGCUUCUAGAGAUGGCAUAGGCGGCUUGGUAAGUAAAACUUGUGCGUUUAGUCUUGGUAGUUGAAUUUCUGCGGUGUUACAGUUUAACUGCUCAGAGGCCUUAGAUUCAGGAUGGCGUUGGUGGGUGGUUACAUCCCUUUUCUUAGCAUUACUGCAGCCUUAGGAAUCCUUCAAGCAGUUUAUGGUAAAUUAAAAAACACUCACCAACCAAAACCCAAAUAAGUAUUCAAAAUCUGAUUGCACUUUUGUCUUGCUCUGCCACAGGUUAUCUUCAAAUAGGUUGGAACAGGGACACCUUCAGUGUAGCGAGUCAGAUAACGUUCCUGUUGAUUUCCUGUUUCUGUAAAACAAGUAUGUCUGUAGCUUGAGGUCUUACACGUGAUGAGGCGGUGAUGACUAGCUCUCCAGUGUGGUUCCGAAACAAGAUCAACCUUGUGUCAGAAACCCUUUGGCUGUUCGCCUGAGAUGACUGCUCUGGGCUGUAGAACUUACUGCUGAGUGUGUGAAUGUGAGCUUUUCUUUUUUUAUUCCCUAGAGUGCUUCAAAAAUCAAGCUCCAGUAUACAUGAGGAUUUCUCAUUUUUGCAGCUGCCUUUUCUGACUCAUACUGGGGCAUAAUGUAAAUAUUGCUGUAGUAAAUAUGAUGCUAGAGAGUUAUUUUUUUGUGUGUGUGAAUAGUAUAAAUUCAAGGCUUAUUAAACUGACUAUUGAUGUGUUGUACUGAGUCUUGGAAGACAAAGUAAAAUUGCUUGAUUUCAUUAAGAUUUAGAAGCAUCUUUUCUGUUGUUUGAGUUUAAUGCUGACAUUUUAGCGAGGAAUCUUUACCUGAGUCAAAGUUCUGCAACCAAGAACAGGGAGCUGUAAUUAAAAGUUGUUUAAAAAUGUGUUUACAUUUAAAAUAUUGGGAGAUCUAUUUUUUAGGGGCAUCAUUCAGGUAUUCUCAGAGCUUGUCGCCUUACGUAUUAGCAUUAUAGUUAAAAAUAACUGAAAUGUAUCCACUUGUCCAUGCAAAGGAUUGUGUGACCAAAAUUGUCCUUGUGUCUUAACAGGGCUGGUGAAUUGUGGUGUGUGAGGCUAGUUAGCAUUAUUAAAACAUUGCUAUGACAACUCUUCAGACAGUUACUUAAAUAUAGUCUGUGAAACUGAGGAAAUGAAUUUAAGGAAUAAAUUUAGGGAGUAUGAACCAGCAUAGGUCUUGCUCUUCGUGCUUUUGGAGAGAUGUUUGUCCCAGCAUCGGUGACCCAAGAACACAGAAAAAGAUGAGAUUAUGAGGUAUGUGUGGUUUCUGAAAGUGAGUUGGGCAGUUCCUUAGAGGAGAGACAGUUCCUGCUGAGAAACACACAAGUUUCAGGCAAGAAUUUGAAACUCUCCUUCAAAACAAACAUUACAACCUUGCCUUUCCCACCUCUUCUGCUGUUUUCUGCAAUAGGAGAGAUGUAUGGGUUAAGGCUGCAUUAGUGAAGAUUACAAUGAAACCUGAAGGGUGGUUUAGAUGCUCUGUGGUUUCAAGAAAUUCAGAACUGCCCUGUGCAACUACUGACAGUGUUUUGUUUUAAAACCAGUUGUUCAUAUUCUGACACUGUCCACAUUAAAAUAUGCCUUUGGCCUGGAAAAUGACAUGCUUAUGCACAGCUUCUUUACAGAUAAAACGCUACAAAUAUACUACGUGUAAGAUACAGGUCACUGUAUACUUUUCACAGAAGCAUAUGGUCACUUAAAUACAAGCAACUGGUAAUUCAUUAAUGGAUAUUGAUACAUUCCUAGUAUUUUGACUCAUGUAGAGUCAGGUGGUCUAUACCUUCAAGGUAUAUACAGCUGAUCUUAGUAACAUUAACAUCUGCCUCACUUCUUAUGAGGCAAAAAGCACAUGAAUGCUUCCAUCUUCAACUAGAUACCACACAAGACCAAAAAAUAGGUGUAAACUAAGUGUUUUAAGUUAGCCGUUUCUUGGCUUUAUUCAAUGUUGGUAGCACAAUAUUAAAUGCAGUGGCAGAACUGUAACAGUGUGGGAUUUCUAAGCAUAAAGUACACAUGCUUAUCACUUUAAGCUAAAAAAUAAUAGUAUUGGUUACUGUACAAAUAACAGUUUUUGCAGUCAUAGGAAGCUUUGUUUACUGUCUGUAAUGUGGUGUUUAUCUUCUGGCCAUGUUCCUCUGAUACCUUUUACCCUGUUGACUGUUUUAGUGUGAUAGAAAUUAAAGGAUUUGACAAGUUAUUUUCCUUGUCUGGUUCCAAAGUACCACCUCAAGUACUGCACAGAGACAUGGUUGCGUGCUGUGGUCUGGUCCAGUCCAUGCAGACAGAGCUUGUGCAGCCCUGUGCUUGAUAGGGUGAGCACGUGAGAGGAUUCUGAGGAGUGCCCCUUCUCCUGCCUGUCACCAGGAGUGAUGAGAGCGAAGGGGCUGCAGCCCUCGUGUCCCACCAGAUCUCUCCUGCUUGCUUGUACGGCUCUGCAGCAGCUUCACGUGUGCCCACUGCAAUCUAAAUUAGAAAGGAAUAAGGUAGAAACAAAGGACAGUUGGCGUCUUCAUGCAUGUGACUUCCCUUGAAUUUUCUAAGAAUGUUAUAGGUUAUUUUCCUUUCUUUUAUCCUCCUCUUCCAGAAGUAGGAUGGGCUCAGGUGAUGUAUGUAUGUACAGCAACUGAGCCUUAUGCUCGGUGGACUAGCAUCUCUCACUUUGAAACACCAAAUCCAGCAAGACAGCUAAAUCCUGUUGGUUUUACAUACAUCCUAAUUUUUAAAAUCUAGGUAAAGUCACUGAAGCAGAGACAAUACACUAAGGCCAUGUUAAUAACCUCUUUAAAAGUAAAGGGCUUAGUUUUGUUUAAAAAAAAAAAAAAAAAAAAAAAAAAAAAAGCAUUGAUGUGAACUGUGAACCUUAAAGACUUUAAGGAAGUAAGAUUUCCUGCCCUCUAGUGUUAGUGUUGUUAUUUUAGUGCUGACUUGAGACAAUAUUGCAUACACUAAUUUCCCUUCCCAGCCCAUAUGUUUCAGGAGCUAAGUCUUUGAGCUCUUGAAUAUUGGAUUUACUACUGGUAACUGGCAAGUUAUUUCAGUUGCAUGAACAGCUUUCGAACUUUACAAAAAUGCUGCUUUGGAAUUCAUCCCAUUCAGGGAGAGCAGUCUAAUCCACCGGCCCUCACCCGUGUGCUCAUAACCUCGGCCGCCUUUUUCUGCCUUGCCCAGCAUUCUUACUUCUGGCAACUGGUCUCUGACAUUGUCGUAAGAAGUUGCGAUGCUCCUUUUCUGUUCAGGGUGUGAGGAGAUCCAUCUCGUGGCUUGUCCAUCUGUUACACACAGCUCUAGCUGCCGAACUGGGUUACUUUGGGGAUUACAAGCUCCCAGGGUUUCCAGGUGGUUGAUGUGCAUGUGCUUGAACUUUUUGCUUUCAGCUCAGUUUUGCUGGGGCUGAGAAGUCAUCCCACGCUUUCUGGGUGUACAUUUCUGUGCAGGCCAUUUGCGGGGGGAAAUGUGAGGAGGCAAAGGAGAUAGAGCUCACCUGUGCAGACGGUCUUUUUUUCAUUCUUUUUCUAAUCAAGCUUUACAAUUCCAUUAUUACUAAAAAUACAUUUAAAAUCCUUAAGUUCAUGAAAUUCAGGAGCUGGUGAAACUUUUUCUCAUCCUGGCCCUAAUUCUUGAAGACACCUAACAUCUUGGCUUGCUUUCCUCUUUUAUAUGUUCAAGUCAUUCAGUGUGUUAUUUGGUGGCUUUUGAUGUUAAGAACAGGUCUUGAUGUAGACAAAACGUGAAAUGCCAGAACAAGAAAAAUUUACAUAGACCUGAUGUAUGCUCUAUAAGAAGACUACUUCAACUGGGAAGCUUUUCUGAAAUGUUUUACAAUUGAAGCACUCAAACCUCCUCUUUCCAAGAGAAAGAAGACAGGUAUCAUUAAGAUAGGAAAAUUAAUUGUAUGUUCUCUAAAAUGCCACUAACACUGAAAAGAACUUCAUAAAUUCUCACAAUCUGUUUUGUGAUUCAGAGUGCAACACAAUCCUUGACUUUAGAAGCCUGUGAACUUUUGAGGAUAGCUCUGUCUUGGCAACAGAGAACCUGAGGAUGCUUGAUAGUUCUGUGUUAAUUACCACAUUUUUCUAAGUAACUUUUUCAGUUGCAUUUAUUGCUCAUUGUUUAUUUGUUUGUUUAAAUAUACAUAACAUUAAAUGUUCUAAUAAAUAUAGGAGGUGACUUCAAACAGUCAAAGGGAUAGUGUCAGAAAUAUCCUGUAAAUGUUGACAAUCCUGACCUGCCUAAUUCUAGGCUACUUAAAAGCUGUGUCUUAUAUGAACGUCUCACAUCAGCAUAGAAAUUAGGAAAUCCCAGUUCUUUAAGGUUUGACGAGGUACUGGUGAGAUACCCGACUGUUCCUUUGUACCUAAUGAGCACUUUGGGAUACUGCUUCUGCAUUGCUUCUAAAUGUUGUAUAUUAACCUCAAAUGUUUGCUGUUGCUUCCACCCCCCCAUUCCAUUAAGUUUUAUAGUCGGUAUCACUGGAUGAAGCUCCUUUAAUGAACAAGGCUUUGUUUUGCAUUCCUUGUAUACUCAGCGCUUCCGUAGAUAGCAGCUACUGAAGUAUCGGGGCAUUUGCUUGGAUUUUAAUAUAUUUCUUUUCCCACAGAGUCCAUACAGAGACAUUCCUUAGUUAGAAUGUUCUUCCAUGAUGAAAAUGUUAGUAUUUAUUUGUUUGUACUUCAUCUGUUUUUUACCACUAGAUUCCACUAAAACAAUCCUGUCAUUAGAGUGGGUUUUCUAACAAGAGCUCAUCUAAGUCUGAAUUAGGAGGGAGAUGAAAACGGUUUAGUCA